AUGGCCAAAUACGAGGACUACUUCCAUGUAAUGCUCGCAUUGGCGAGCUUAGCUCACUAUGCAGUGGUCGCAUCCCCAGGAACACCACUACCUGGCCUAGCUUUCCUCCAUAUAGGACGAGCCAUGUCUAAACUCAGACAUAGACUGGCCAGUCCAGACGCUCGGCCUGACGAUGGCGUUAUACUCACCAUACUUCAGCUGGCUAUGUUCGAAAGGGGUCUCGGAAACGAUGUCGCCUCCAAGGCUCACAAAGUGCAAGUCAAUCAAAUGGUGGCUUCUCGGGGCGGUAUUGACCACUUGGGACUCAAGAGCUCCGUGCGAGCGACGUUAACAAUGUGA